AUGGAUCCGACUGGUACUCCCGCUUCUUCUACGGUCAACUUGGUUAAGACUAUCAUUGGUGCCGGUCUUUUAGCUAUUCCAUUUGCCUUCAGGAACGAUGGUGUUGUGAUAGGGGCGCUGCUUACUUUGAUAGCAGCAGUUACUUCUGGAUUUGGGCUAUUCAUUUUGGCUAAAUGCUCCAAGACGUUGAUCAAUCCAAGAAACUCAUCCUUCUUCACACUAUGCAUGCUCACAUACCCUUCUUUAUCACCUUUGUUUGAUUUGGCAAUGAUUGUGCAAUGCUUUGGUGUGGGACUCAGUUACUUAGUGCUCAUUGGUGACUUGUUUCCAGGUCUCUUUGGUGGUGAGCCACGUUUCUGGAUUUUACUUUCUUCGCUAAUUAUUGUUCCGUUAUGCUGCCUUAAGAAGCUGGAUAGUUUGAGAUAUUCGAGUAUCAUUGGUCUCUUUGCAUUGGCAUACCUUUCACUAUUGAUAGUGACAUAUUUCGCUCAUGAUACUCUAUUGACCCACGACUACAAGUCUUACAGGGGUGAGGUCUGUUGGUUCAAAGUCUACGAUUUCAAGGGCCUUUUGUCCACUUUCAGUAUUAUCGUGUUUGCCUACACUGGUUCUAUGAACCUGUUCAGCAUCAUUAAUGAGCUAAAGGAAAACUCAAUGGCUAAUAUCACUUCAGUCAUAAACACAUCUAUUACCAUCUCUACAGCGGUGUUCCUAGCUGUCGGUAUCUGCGGAUAUUUGACCUUUGGUAGUAAUACUCUGGGUAAUAUCAUGCUUAACUAUGAUCCAGACUCUACUUGGGUCUAUGUUGGGAAACUGUGUCUCGGUUCCAUGGUUAUGCUGUCAUUCCCUCUACUCUUCCACCCAUGCAGAAUUGCUAUCAACAACCUCGUGGUAUGGUCAGAGAUUCAUUUCAAGAAGGAUCCCAUCAUGCCAAGUCAGCAAGCACAAGCCCGUUCCAGACCUGGUGAAGGUUCCCCAAUAAGACUCAGUAUCCAGGACGAGGAUAACGAAUCACUUGCAGGGUUCGAUAACGAUAUCGAAUCUGUAGAUGGAGAUGAUACUCAAGUUAUAAGAGGAAAUAACGUUGAGACUACACCUUUCCCCAACUCUCGUUUCUACGCAAUUUCAGCCAUUCUACUGAUCUUGAUGUAUUCCUUAGCUUUGAAAGUGAAAUCUUUUGCCUUUGUUCUAGCCCUGGUCGGAGCUACUGGUUCCACAUCCAUCUCUUUCAUUUUACCGGGGCUGUUUGGUUACAAAUUAAUCGGUACUGACUCACUAGCCGUGGGACAGUCGAUUUCUCCAAGAGAUAGGUUCUACAAGCGCUGCAGCGUUCUACUUGUAUGGUACGGGCUUUCUGUGAUGGCGCUUUCAUUUUACGUUACCUUAGCAUAUGGAACUGAUUAG